AUGGCUACACGCAGGCGUAACGGACAGCUAGCCUCAUGCGAGCCCUGUCGCAAAUCCAAACUUCGCUGUGAUCAUUCGAGUCCAACUUGCAAACGUUGUCUUCACCGUGACCAUACGGUCGGUAUGGUAACUAAGCCCAAAAUAAAAGCUUCGAGGCGUCAUAAGAAUACAGUCCUUGAUGCCGCCGCUUUUGACUGGAUGUCUUGGUGUCCGCCAACCGAGCAAUCGUUUCCAUCAGAGUUCAUUAUCGACCGGGACAAGAAACGCCGUUUCAAGCUAGGCUUUUUGGGUCCAACAAGUCAUUUAGAGAGCUUCACAGCAGAUGUGGUCGAUAUCGAGUUAGAUACGAACUCGGCCGAAGCCGUGAGCUACCAACAGAUCGAGGUUGGGGCCCAAAUACUUUCGCUUUUAGAGCAAAUUCCAUAUUACCUGGACCUGGUUUCGGAGCGUUAUAAACUCUUCAAAGGGUGGAUAUUUCCACCUCAGACAGUCUUUCUAGCUCUUGAACAGUUAUCUGCUACAUAUGGUAAAAUCACCGAUCAUUCACGAGCUAGAAAGAAGUAUUCUCGUCUAUUGAAUUGGUCACAAUCAAUAUUUCGCAAUACGGCAUCGAGGCUCUACACCCACCCGCAGAUGACACUAAUGGAAUAUGUCACAGUCUUAUCGCAACGCUGGGAAAUCAUUGGCAUGAUUUUCGCGUUGAUCGGUACAGCGACUUACCAGCUUGCGCACGAUAUUCAUAUAUUUCAUCGGGAAGGGAUACCAGGAGGAGACAGAUAUGGAUUACGUAACAUGGCGAUGGCUACUAGUGAAAUGUGCAUACAAUUUUGCAGUAGUAUGGGUAUUAUCACAGAGCCUUUUUGCUGGGCAGCGAUGCAGCACACCGUAUUCGUUGCCGAGAUGCAUGGUUGCCGUGAUCCUAGAACCUGGCAGAGCUUAGGUAAUGUGACAAGCUUGGUGUUCGCCCUUGGUUUGCAUAAUUACUACCCCGACGUUACGGCCUCGCCCCUUAUAGAAGAGAUUCGAAAAAGAACUAUGGCCGCAGCAUAUGCUCUAGACAAGGAUGUAUCUAUGGUCGUAGGUCGUCCUCCUCGCAUCUGUUGGCGCUACUGCAAUAUCAAGUACCCUUUAGAUGUUGCUUGGGACGAUCUGGUGUCGAACUAUGAGACUGCUGUCCAGCGCUUAGAUUUUAGUGGUUGGAAUACAGACGGUGAUUUAGAGAGGGGAUCGAAGCCGCGCAUCGCACUUCUUGUGGGCAUUAUUCAGGAGAAAGUUUUAGAAGUCCUGCUCAAUGAUCAGCCUAUUGGAUUGGAGGAAAAGAUAAAGGAGAUUUGCCUUGAAUCCAGCCAAAUUCGCGUUCACCUUCCAUCAUAUCUUCAAUGGAGCCCGCAGACGAAAAUUCCUAGUGUCAUCUCUCUACACCUGGAAUUCUUGUAUCAGGACUUCCUUAUGUACAGAUCACUAGUGAAUCAGACGUCGAAAGGCUCCGGCAUGCUUGUUAGCACGUCUCUAGAUAUUCUUAGCAUCCUACUUGAUUGGAUCUCAAACGAAGCAGGACUUGGCAGAAUCUCUCCGUGUUCCAUUUCAGCCUUUCGCUUCAUUGGUCUGCCUGUAGCAGGUGUCUUGUCGACCGAAUUAUUCCGGCACUUUCAGACACCGUUUGAUCCGGCAGCAGAGACAAUGUUUCCCCGCUCAACGAUCACUAAAAUGCUCAGCGAUUUUGCAACACACCUUCAGACAAUCUCUUUACUGCAAGAGGGCGGCAAUGAUCUAUACUUCAAUGAGCGGGUUUAUAUAUGCAGAGUUCUAGAUCAAGUUCUCUCACACAGACCUAGAACCCAGUUCGAACCUAACAAAACUGGGGAAUGCGAAAUUACAUGCGGACACGAAGGAUUGAUGGAAGACAUCAACUUGAUGGAGCUGCUGGACCAUUUUGAGUGGGAUCCGAACAAUCUUUUAUUCUCCAACUGA